AUGAGACUAUGGAAUAAAUUGUUUUGCGUCCCCGGAGAAACCACAGUGAAAUAUCUACCACUCAUUGGUCUAGAAAUACAUGCUCAAAUAAUGACCAGAACGAAGUUGUUCUCAGGAGCAACAUUUGAUGAUGAUGCCCGUACAAAUACAUCUGUUGCAUUGUUCGAUAUGGCAAUUCCUGGUACUCUUCCUGUCCUCAACAAAGCUGCCGUAAUGAAAGGUAUAACAGCGGGUUUGCUGUUGAACUGUACAAUACCGGAAAGAUGUCAGUUUGUACGUAAACAUUACUUCUAUGCAGACAUGCCAGCUGGCUAUCAGAUCACUCAACAAAACCAUCCUAUUGCCCAUUCUGGUUUCUUUGAAUAUUACGUCCACUGUAAUGAUGAGUCAUUUAUUCCGUACAGAAAGUGUGUAGAUAUUCUGAGAAUUCAAUUGGAACAUGAUAGUGGUCGUACAAUUCACGAUUUUAGUAACAAUCGUUCAUUGAUCGAUUUCAAUCGAGCUGGAGUUGCAUUAUUAGAAAUAGUGACUUCUCCAACCAUGAAUUCCGCGUUAGAAGCUUACUGCUUCAUUGAACAACUACGUUUGACUCUUAUAGAAAAUGGUUUGUGCGAAGGAGAAAUGCAAAAGGCUCAGUUUCGAGUGGACGUCAACAUUUCACUUGGCGGAGAUAAUACCGUUAAUAGAGGUGUUCGAACUGAGAUCAAAAAUUUAAAUAGCUUACGCAUGGUGUAUACAGCUGUCAACAGUGAACUAGGUCGGCAGUACGAAAUUCUUAGAGCUGGAGGCACAGUACUGAAUGAAACACGUACUGUUGACCGCUAUGGCAAUACAAUAGCAAUGAGAGAAAAAGAAAUUGAAAUGGAUUACCGUUUUAUGCCGGAACCGAACCUUCCUCCUGUACAGAUUAAACAAGAAUGGAUAGCAAAUUGUCGUCUAAUGCUUUCCAAACCGAGAUAUUUGAAGAACAUCGAAGAAUAUGGCAUGAGACCAGAAGUCGCACUACGAAUUGCUAAUCAAAAAAACCUCGCAACAUUUGUUGAAAUGGUUUUAAAUGUAUGUGAUGAUGCUGCAAUGGCUUCAGUAUUAGUUGAGUGGACCUUUCUCUUGCAAACAAUUUGUCGCAAUUGCACAAAAAAAUUCCCUGCAUCACGAACAGUUUUCAUUAAUUAUUUCGUGGAAACAGUACAUCUUUUUCACACUAAACGAUUAACAAAGCUGACAACUUUCGAUCUCUUGCGAAGAUAUAUAGAAGCAGAGUUAGACAAAUCGCCAACCGAAAUUAUAAAUGAAGAGAAUUUAUGGCGAAUACAUGAUAAAGAUGAAAUCAUUCAAAUUGCGGAGAAAGUUAUUCGUGAAAAUGACAAACUUGUUAAAAAAAUACAAAAAAGUGGAGCAAAAAGACAUGCCACUAAAUUGCGUGCAGCUGUGCUUAAUGAAUGUAAUCGACGAAUUGAAGUUGACGAAAUAAGUGAAAUAAUUAGACGAAAGCUUUUGUCAGGAAGCUAA